UGCUGAAUAACUGUCGACAUGUCUGGAAGAGGAAAAGGCGGUAAAGGGCUCGGAAAAGGAGGCGCUAAGCGUCACCGAAAGGUUCUUCGGGAUAAUAUCCAGGGAAUCACUAAACCCGCUAUUCGGCGUCUUGCUCGCCGCGGCGGCGUCAAGCGUAUUUCUGGGCUGAUCUACGAGGAGACGCGCGGUGUGUUGAAGGUGUUUCUGGAGAACGUUAUUCGUGAUGCUGUGACCUACACCGAGCACGCUAAAAGAAAGACCGUCACCGCUAUGGAUGUUGUGUAUGCGCUGAAACGACAGGGACGCACUCUGUACGGAUUCGGAGGUUAAGAGAUUUCUGAACAAAACUAA